GUUAUAUUAGACCCUUUUGUCUAUCUCAGAUAGAACGGGUUCCGACCUCUCACUUCUUUUUACCCGUACCAUUCUUAAUCUUCAGGGCCUAGGGGUUGGAAUUCCUGCUAAAAUCCUUAGAUUUCUUUCUUGUUCAAAGCCUAGGUGUUGAGUGUUAUACGUAAUAUUUACUUGGCAGUUGUCAGCUGAAGUCAUGGCUGGUGCACUGGUUCAGACAGCAGUCCUUCCUGCUAGAGUAGUAAGCAGGAAUGGGGUACGGCAAAAUCACGGUUCUGGCAAAGGCAAAACGGGCACUAGAAUGAUGGUUCCCAUCCGAGUGAGGCCAUUAAGUUUAGGAAGUUAUAGAGGAUUGCGAGGUUCUAAUGCCAUUGAUUUAGUUGCAAUUCGGUCUGAAAGAAGUUUCCAUGCAGCUGUUUCAGCUGCUAUCACUUUGCCAAAGGGAAAAGGCAGCCAGGGAGUGGUCAAAGCUAUGUUUGAGCGUUUCACUGAAAAAGCAAUCAAAGUUAUUAUGCUUGCACAAGAAGAAGCAAGACGUCUCGGUCACAACUUUGUUGGAACUGAACAAAUUUUAUUGGGCCUUAUUGGUGAAGGGACUGGUAUUGCUGCCAAAGUUUUGAAGUCCAUGGGAAUUAAUUUGAAGGAUGCUCGUGUAGAGGUUGAGAAAAUUAUUGGGAGGGGAAGUGGUUUUGUUGCUGUAGAGAUACCAUUUACUCCACGUGCCAAGCGUGUCUUGGAACUUUCCCUUGAGGAAGCUCGUCAGCUUGGACACAACUAUAUAGGGUCUGAGCAUUUGCUUUUAGGUUUGCUUCGUGAAGGGGAAGGGGUUGCAGCACGUGUGCUUGAAAACCUUGGAGCUGAUCCAAGCAAUAUUCGUACACAGGUCAUUCGAAUGGUUGGAGAAAGCACAGAGGCUGUUGGUGCUGGUGUUGGUGGGGGAAGUAGUGGAAACAAGAUGCCAACACUUGAGGAAUAUGGAACCAAUCUUACAAAGCUAGCAGAAGAGGGUAAACUGGAUCCUGUUGUUGGAAGGCAGAUGCAGAUUGAGCGUGUGACCCAAAUUCUAGGAAGGCGAACAAAGAACAAUCCUUGCCUUAUUGGAGAGCCUGGUGUUGGGAAGACUGCAAUUGCUGAAGGCCUUGCUCAAAGAAUUGCGAAUGGGGAUGUUCCAGAAACAAUUGAGGGGAAAAAGGUGAUUACCCUGGAUAUGGGACUUCUUGUGGCUGGUACAAAAUACCGUGGAGAGUUUGAAGAAAGGUUGAAGAAGCUGAUGGAGGAAAUUAAGCAAAGUGAUGAGAUUAUUCUGUUUAUUGAUGAGGUGCACACCUUAAUUGGAGCUGGUGCAGCGGAGGGUGCAAUUGAUGCUGCCAAUAUCUUGAAGCCAGCUUUAGCAAGAGGUGAACUACAGUGCAUAGGUGCUACAACACUGGAUGAGUACAGGAAGCACAUUGAGAAAGAUCCAGCCUUGGAAAGGCGGUUUCAGCCAGUCAAAGUGCCAGAACCCUCUGUUGAUGAAACAAUACAGAUUCUCAAGGGGCUACGUGAGCGAUAUGAGCUUCACCACAAACUUCGUUACACAGACGUGGCCUUGGUUGCUGCUGCACAACUAUCCUACCAGUACAUUAGUGAUCGCUUCCUCCCUGACAAGGCAAUUGAUUUGGUAGACGAGGCUGGAUCUCGUGUAAGACUUCGCCAUGCACAGCUUCCUGAAGAGGCCAAAGAGCUUGACAAGGAGCUCAGGCAGAUCACCAAGGAGAAAAAUGAGGCUGUUCGUAGCCAGGAUUUUGAGAAGGCUGGUGAGCUACGUGACCGCGAGAUGGAGCUCAAGGCUCAAAUCACAGCCAUCACUGAAAAGGGCAAGGAGCAAAGCAAGGCUGAGGCCGAGUCCGGCUCAUCCUUGGGUCCCAUUGUCACCGAGGUCGACAUCCAACACAUCGUUUCUUCAUGGACUGGUAUCCCAGUCGAGAAGGUCUCGUCCGAUGAAUCUGACCGCCUUCUCAAAAUGGAAGAGACCCUUCACAAGCGUGUAAUAGGCCAAGACGAGGCAGUAAGAGCCAUUUCUCGAGCCAUCAGGAGGGCCAGAGUGGGACUCAAAAACCCUAAUAGGCCCAUUGCCUCCUUCAUUUUCUCGGGCCCAACUGGUGUAGGUAAAUCUGAGCUGGCUAAGGCACUUGCUGCCUACUAUUUCGGCUCUGAAGAAGCCAUGAUUCGCCUUGAUAUGAGUGAGUUCAUGGAGCGCCACACUGUUUCAAAGCUCAUUGGAUCACCACCUGGUUAUGUUGGCUACACUGAGGGUGGGCAAUUAACUGAGGCAGUGCGUCGAAGACCAUACACUGUAGUGCUCUUUGAUGAGAUUGAGAAGGCCCAUCCUGAUGUUUUCAACAUGAUGCUCCAAAUUCUCGAAGAUGGGCGGCUAACUGACAGCAAAGGCAGAACCGUCGACUUCAAGAACACGCUGCUCAUCAUGACCUCUAAUGUGGGCAGUAGCGUAAUCGAGAAGGGUGGCAGACGAAUUGGGUUUGAUUUGGACUACGAUGAGAAGGAUAGCAGUUAUAAUCGCAUUAAGAGCUUGGUCACAGAGGAGCUCAAGCAAUAUUUCAGACCUGAGUUCUUGAACAGGCUUGAUGAGAUGAUAGUCUUUAGGCAACUCACCAAACUUGAGGUUAAGGAGAUUGCUGAUAUAAUGUUGAGGGAGGUGUUUGAGAGGCUUAAGGCAAAGGAAAUAGAGUUGCAAGUUACUGAGAGAUUUAGAGAUAGGGUUGUGGAUGAGGGUUAUAGCCCUAGUUAUGGUGCGAGGCCUUUGAGAAGGGCAAUUAUGAGGCUCUUGGAGGAUAGUUUGGCUGAGAAGAUGCUUGCUGGAGAGAUAAAGGAAGGGGACUCGGCGAUUGUGGAUGUGGACUCAGAGGGUAAUGUCACGGUGCUUAAUGGGGCAAGUGGCACAUCAGAUGCAUUGUCAGAGCCAGUGCCGAUAUGAGUGAGAGCUUGCAUGUGGCCACUGUAUUUAUUCUGCUCUCUUUUAUAAAAUUAAGUUUCUGGGCUCUCAAGUUCGAGACUAUUUUUUUUAGGAGUACUAAUUUGUGCUUUUAGUGAAAUUGCCUUGAGAGUUAUGUAUGUUGAUUUUGAAUUCCCUUUGAAAUGGAGGAAAUACUGGUAUAGCUUUCAGAUGUCACUGAUUUUGACUUCAGUGGUUCUCCCUUUCUGUUCUUGUUUGGAUGUAAGUUUAAAGCUUUAUAGGGGUUUUCCCUCAAGUUAGUGCUUCUGAUGUCAUCUUUCAGCUGUUAAA